GGGUGUCGUCCCAAACGUUGGAACGUGAGCGAACAGGGCGCGUGGCGUCGCCCAUAAAAACAUAAAGCCAGUAAAAAUAAUGGUGUCCCAGGAGCGCGCACUCGGGCCGGUCAGUGCGCGGAGGAUCUGAGGCGGGGCAUCUUUACAACCGAGCCCCCUUUUCUGUUGGGGUCCAAGUUCGACGUGUGUGUGCGAUUUUUUUUUUUUUUGACGUGUGUUCAAAGUUUGAAUGUGUGUGGUUUUUGUCACACGCUCCAGAAGGCAGCGCGCGAUCUGGUUUAUUUUAUGGCUCAUGGAUACGACAAGAAAAGGAAAAGAAAAGAAUGAUUUCUGAUGCGUAUCCGCGUUCUUCUCCUCCACGCCUCGGUGUGUGCUAGUGCUGGCGCCAACUUCUCGCCAUAGGAAUGAGAUAAACACGCACACACACACGCACACACACGUUUACGAAAAAAAAAAAAAACCCAGAAAAGUUCCAGGGCACCGGAGAGAGCACCGCGCGCCCGCGAGGGAAAACGGGAUAAAGAGAAAGUUGCAUGGUUACAUUAAUGCAUGUGCACGCGGGACAUAAAGAAAGCACGAGAGAGAAUAAACGCUUCACGGAAACCAGAAGAGGAAAAACACAGUCAGGGAACCGGGGAAGAAGAGCACACACACUGAUGUGAAAAGGAAUGCAAAAGAACUCUGUGAUGGAGUCCACAGUUAGCACAUCCACACAGGUGCCUGAGGAAUAUGACCGGAACGUUCCACGGAUCUGCGGUGUGUGUGGAGACAAAGCUACUGGCUUUCACUUUAAUGCCAUGACCUGUGAGGGCUGCAAGGGCUUCUUCAGACGCAGUAUGAAGCGCAAGGCCAGCUUUACAUGCCCUUUCAGCGGGAGCUGUGCCAUCACUAAAGACAACCGGCGUCACUGCCAAGCCUGCAGACUAAAGCGCUGUCUGGACAUUGGCAUGAUGAAGGAGUUUAUCUUGACCGAUGAAGAGGUGCAGAGGAAGAAAGAUCUGAUCCAGAAGAGGAAGGAUGAUGAGGCGAAGAAGGAAGCACAGAAGCCCCGCCUCUCUGAAGAACAGAGUACAGUCAUCGCCACGCUGGUGGAGGCGCAUCACAAAACCUACGACGACUCGUACUCAGAUUUCUCUCGCUUCCGACCUCCUGUGAGAGAAGGUCCUGUUACACGCAGUGCCAGUCGAGCGGCGUCUCUACACUCACUGUCUGAUGCUUCUUCCGACUCCUUUCGCCACUCACCUGAGACGGGUGAAGGUAAGCUCAAUCUGAGCAGUAUGUUGAUGAUGUAUCAGGAACAGGGUUCUAGUCCUGACUCUAAGGGGGAUGAUGGUUCUCCCUUGUCCAUGCUGCCUCACCUGGCUGAUCUGGUCAGCUACAGCAUCCAGAAGGUCAUCGGAUUUGCCAAGAUGAUUCCCGGAUUCAGAGACUUAACAGCGGAGGAUCAGAUCGCUCUGCUGAAAUCCAGUUCCAUUGAGGUGAUCAUGCUGAGGUCUAAUCAGUCCUUCAGUCUGGAGGAUAUGAGCUGGUGCUGCGGGGGGCCUGAGUUCAAGUACUGCGUCAAUGAUGUCACUAAGGCUGGCCACACUCUGGAGCUGCUGGAGCCGCUGGUGAAGUUCCAGGUGGGGUUGAAGAAGCUGAAUCUGCAUGAGGAGGAGCACGUGUUGCUGAUGGCCAUCUGCCUGCUGUCCCCCGACCGUCCCGGCGUGCAGGAUCACGAGCGUGUGGAGGUUCUACAGGAGCGUCUCUCCGAGAUCCUCCAGGCGUACAUCCGAGUGCACCACCGCGGACGUCUGCAUUAUGCUAAGAUGAUCCAGAAGCUUGCGGAGCUGCGUAGUCUAAGCGAGGAACACUCGAAGCAGUACCGCACACUGUCCUUCCAGCCCGAGCACAGCAUGCAGCUCACACCGCUCGUCCUCGAGGUGUUUGGAGGACAGGUCACCUAGAGGUCAGAGGGAGCGUGUAGGGCGUGGACGCAUGGACAAUCACCAUGAGACACGCACGCACAGAGCCUGGGAGUGACGUGUGUGUGUAUGUGUGUGUGUGUGUUCAUUUCUUCAUGGGUUCUAGAACAGAAGGGUGUUUUAACAUCAUGUGCACAGCAUUUAUUCCAGAAACAUUAACCUACAGUAUUACACUAGUUGUGUAGCUCUGUGUGUGUGUGUGUGUGUGUGUGUGUGUGUGUAUGUAUGUGUAUGUGUGUGUGUGUUAUAGCUCUGCUUAGUCCACUACUACUGUCUCUUUUCACCUCCUACCUUUAAAAUGUACAUGGUCCACAGUCCAGCCACUUGACCAAUCACAAUGCAGCACUUCACCCUCAGGCCCCUCCCACACCAAGCUCCGAUUGGCUGCUGAAAACAAUGCAGAAAAUCGGUUUUGCUGACCAUUAUUAUUAUUAUUAUUAUUAUUUAUUUAAAAAACAUCAGUCUUAUUGAUAACUGUCCAAUUUAUGUUUUGAAAAUUGCUACAAUUUUAAUUUGCUAAAAUACAUUAAGUUCUGUAAUACUACAUUCAGUAACUUCUUCACAUUCGCUGUGUUCUACCUACAUGGCGUGUAGUAAUAGGCGUGUAGUCAUGUGACAUCAAACAGACACAAAAAUGUCAGCUAUAUGAUCGUAUUGUCUUUGUCAAGGACAUAUUAAUAUAAAAAGCUUCUACACCAAACAACAGAUGAGUCAUUUAGUCAGACUUAAUGAAUGAGUCAUUUAGUCAGAAUUAAUGAAUGAGUCAUUUAGUCAGACUUAAUGAAUGAGUCAUUUAGUCAGACUUAAUGAAUGAGUCAUUUAGUCAGAUUUAAUGAAUGAGUCAUUUAGUCAGAUUUACCUUCAGAUAUCUACACAUUAUGAUUUCUUGUGUUUUUUAUGAUUGAUAUUAAUAUUUAAAAAUGUUUUUUUAAUAGAAGAUGCCUAAGGAAUCGUUUUUAAAUCACACUUUGAAUCGAUGAAUCAAAUGCAAUAGAAUCAGGAAGUCAAAUUUCCACUUUUAUUGAAAAAGACAAACAAAGAAGUCUUCUGGUUUUCAUUGUAUAUAUUUUUUCACCUCAGUAUUUACAACAGCAAGUGUAGUAUAGACUGCGUAUAUAUUAUGUAUACUGCAUUACUCUAUUUACUGCUUCUCCAAUGUCAAACAACUCGAGUUCAAUUUUAGUUCAAUUUUGUAAAUGAGUCAUUUAGUGAGAUUAUCUUUUAAAUAUCUGCAUAAUAGAAACAUUUAUUGUUUUCUAUUUAAAAAAAAAAUAGUAAGCCAUAGUAUAAAAACGCAUAAAUAAUCAGGGUGUUUAAAGAAUUAAUUAAUGAAUCAAAUCUGAGUAAAUGACUCAUGAGUUGUUUAGUCAUAUUUACAUCCAUAUUACCAGAUUUUAUGAUUUUUUUUUGUGAUUGAUACAAGUUGGAAAAAACAUUCAUAGUCAAGAAGCCUGAGGAAUUUAUUUCUAAUCACAUUAUGACUCUCAGAAUCAAACCUCACUAAAUCACUCAGAUUUAGCUUCAAAUAUUAAAAAUAUUAUGACUUUUUAUUUCUAUGAUGUAUUGACAUCAUGUUGUUUUUUUCUUAAAGCAGAAAGCCAUGGAGGAAAAACACAAUCUGUCAUUGUGUUGUGUAAAGAAUCGUUUUCUGGUGACAAUAUGACUCACUGAAUCAAAUCAGGAAUUGGGUCUCUAGAAAUUUCAAUCACUUAUUGAGUACAAAAGAUGCCUUUCAGAUUUCUUUCCUCUUCUUGGCAUGAUGUAGAAAGCGAGUGAUAUGAUGUGGUCUGUGUGAACGGCUCAGUGUUUCUUCAGCAUCCAUCGCUGAGCGUAAGAACUUGUAAAUACGACUAUAUAUCCUUUAACGCUGUAUUCUUAGAUCCUACACGUAUAAUCUCUGCCCUGGGGAUGUGUAUAUAAAACCGAGUUCCUCGUUAAGCUGAAUUUAAGGUCUGGUCAUCAUGUGACCUCUCAAAGGUUUUAAGGACUAACUGUAGUUUCUUUAUAAAGCUGUUGUAGCUAAGAGUGAUGUGUUAAGCUUAGGAAUGAUGAUGUACCAUCAUGAUUCAUGGCGCAUGCUUCGUUUUCCUGAUUGCCGUCGUUAAUUUGCUCGUUAUUGCUGUAGAAUCUCCCAACAGACAAGGAGAACGUCGCCAUGAGGCCACUCCGGAAAGUUCUUCUCUAGAGCUAAAUCUCUCACCUACUGCUCUGCCAAGUGUGUGUGUGUUUGUGUG